AUGGACAAAAAUAUCGAGGAACUGGAGAAACUAAAACAAAGUUUAGAAUCAAAAGCAAGAAUGAAAUGCGAGGCACGAUUCGAGGGUAAAACACAAAAGAAAAUAUCUCUCCAUAUUAGAGGUAUGGAUUCCCAAACAUCGAAAGAGGAAAUACAAAUUGCCCUGGAAGGAUACCUCGGGCCACUAGAAAACAAAGAUGUCAAAAUAGGAGAGUUGAGACCAAACUACGCUAACACCCAGGCAAUUACGGUAAACCUAAUAGAAGAAGAUGCAAAUAUAUUGGAAAAGUCCAGUUAUAUAAAAAUAGGAAUGGUUAGAUGCGAGGUGGAAAGGAGGAUUGGCCUUAAGAGCUGCAGGAGAUGCUGGGCAUACGACCAUGAAGUCAUGGAUUGUAAGGGACCAGACAGAAAGGGAAUAUGUUUUAAGUGUGGAAAGGAGGGACAUAAUGCCAAAGAAUGUUCGGGGCAGACUUACUGCUUGAUUUGCGAAAAGGAGGGACACAGCGCGAACGGCAGUAAGUGUGAUGCCUUUAAAAAGGCACUGAAAGAGGAGAAAAGAAAGAAAAAAGACAAGUAA